CAUGGCCGGCGCCCGGCCCGGGGUCCACGCGCUGCAGCUGGAGCCUCCGGCCGUGCCCGAGACUUUGCGACGGGGCAGCAAGUUCAUCAAGUGGGACGAGGAGGCUUCUAGUCGGAACCUGGUCACGCUCCGAGUGGACCCCAAUGGCUUCUUUCUCUACUGGACUGGACCCAAUAUGGAAGUGGACACUCUGGACAUCAGCUCCAUCCGGGACACGCGGACAGGCCGCUAUGCCCGGCUUCCCAAGGACCCCAAGAUCAGGGAAAUCCUCGGUUUCGGAGGCCCCGAGACGAGGCCAGAGGACAAGCUGGUGACCAUAGUGGCUGGCCCUGACCCUGUAAACAUCACUUUCCUCAACUUCAUGGCUGUGCAAGAAGAUAUUGCCAAGAUUUGGGCAGAUGAGCUAUUCAAGUUGGCCAUGAAUAUCCUGGCCCAGAACGCCUCCCGAAACACCUUCCUUCGAAAAGCGUACACCAAGUUAAAACUGCAGGUGAAUCAGGAUGGGAGAAUCCCAGUCAAAAACAUCCUUAAAAUGUUCUCUGCUGACAAGAAGCGAGUAGAGACGGCAUUAGAGUCCUGUGGCCUCAAUUUUAACAGGAGCGAGUCAAUCCGGCCAGACGAGUUUUCCCUGGAGAUCUUUGAGAGAUUCCUCAAUAAACUGUGUCUCCGGCCCGACAUAGACAAGAUCCUGCUGGAGAUUGGUGCUAAGGGGAAGCCGUACCUGACCUUGGAGCAGCUCCUGGACUUUGUCAACCAGAAGCAGCGAGACCCCCGGCUGAACGAGGUCCUGUACCCGCCUCUUCGCCCGGCCCAGGCCCGUCUGCUCAUCGAGAAGUACGAGCCCAAUCAGCAGUUCUUGGAGCGAGACCAGAUGUCCAUGGAAGGCUUCAGCCGCUACCUGGGCGGGGAGGAGAACAGCAUCUUGCCGCCAGAGACCCUGGACCUGAGCAGCGACAUGACCCAACCCCUUAGCUCCUACUUCAUCAAUUCCUCCCACAACACCUACCUCACAGCGGGGCAGCUGGCGGGGACCUCGUCGGUGGAGAUGUACCGGCAGGUGCUGCUUUGGGGUUGCCGCUGCGUGGAGCUGGACGUGUGGAAGGGCCGGCCGCCAGAGGAGGAACCCUUCAUCACGCACGGCUUCACCAUGACCACGGAGGUGCCGCUGCGCGAUGUGUUGGAGGCGAUCGCGGAGACGGCCUUCAAGACCUCGCCCUUCCCCGUCCUCCUCUCCUUUGAGAACCACGUGGACUCGGCGAAGCAGCAGGCCAAGAUGGCCGAGUAUUGCCGCACUAUCUUUGGGGAGGCGCUGCUCAUAGACCCCCUGGAUAAGUACCCGCUGGCCCCGGGAGUCCCCCUGCCCAGCCCUCAGGACCUGAUGGGCAGAAUCCUCGUGAAGAAUAAAAAGCGUCACCGCCUGCCCCUGAGCCCCUCGGACGGCUCGGUGCGCAAGCGGCCCCUGGAGCAGAGUAACUCGGCCCUGAGCGAGAGUUCCAUGGUCACUGAGACCCCUUCCCCGCAGCUUGGCUCCCCCAGCUCUGAGGGCUGCUCGACCCUGAGCAGUGGAGAGGACCAUCUGGGCUGCAGUCCUGAGCCCCGAAAAUCCAUUGAUCGAGAGGCCGAAAGUGAGGAAGACGAGGAGGAGGAGCAAGGUGACCCCAAGAAGACCUCGACAGAUGAGGGCACGGCCAGCAGCGAGGUGAACGCCACAGAGGAGAUGUCCACUCUCGUCAAUUACAUCGAGCCCGUCAAAUUCAAGUCCUUCGAGGCGGCCCGGAAGCGAAGCAAGUGCUAUGAGAUGUCGUCCUUUGUGGAGACCAAGGCCCUGGAGCAGCUCACCAAGAGCCCCAUGGAGUUUGUGGAAUACAACAAGCAGCAGCUCAGCCGCAUCUACCCCAAAGGCACCCGCGUGGAUUCGUCCAACUACAUGCCACAGCUGUUCUGGAACGCGGGCUGUCAGCUCGUUGCCCUCAAUUUCCAGACCUUGGACCUCCCGAUGCAGCUGAAUGCCGGCGUGUUUGAGUACAAUGGGCGCAGCGGCUACCUGCUCAAGCCCGAGUUCAUGCGGCGCCAGGACAAGUCCUUUGACCCGUUCACGGAGGGCAUCGUGGACGGCAUCGUAGCCAACGCUCUCCGGGUCAAGGUGAUCUCGGGCCAGUUUCUGUCGGACAGGAAAGUCGGCAUCUACGUGGAGGUGGAUCUCUUCGGCCUUCCCGCGGACACGCGGCGCAAAUACCGCACCCGGACCUCCCAGGGCAACUCCUUUAACCCAGUGUGGGACGAAGAGCCCUUUGACUUCCCCAAGGUGGUACUGCCCACACUGGCCUCCCUCCGUAUUGCGGCCUUCGAGGAAGGGGGCAAGUUUGUAGGGCACCGAAUCCUGCCAGUCUCUGCCAUCCGCUCAGGGUACCAUUACAUCUGCCUGAGGAAUGAGGCCAACCAGCCCCUGUGUCUGCCUGCCCUGCUCAUCUACACGGAGGCUUCUGACUACAUCCCUGAUGAUCACCAGGACUAUGCCGAGGCUUUGUUCAACCCCAUUAAGCACGUCAGCCUCAUGGACCAGAGGUCAAAGCAGUUGGCGGCUCUGAUUGGCGAGAGCGAGGCUGCUCCUGAGACCCCAGAGGAACUGCCUUCUCGACCGCUUGGACCCCAGCUGUCCACAGGCUCUGUACAAAGCUCCUUGGACUCUGGGGCCUCCUGGCCUCCGGGCUCCUGUACCUCACCCACCAGCCCUUCCAUAAGCAGACCAGGUCAGUGUGACGAGCUCAUCGCCAGCAUCCUGGGAGAGGUGUCCGUGACCCCCCUGGCGGAGCUGCGGGCCCACAAAUCCCUGGGGAAGCUUCACAGCCGGCAGGAGCGAGACCUGCGUGAGCUGCAGAAGAAGCAUCAGCGAAAGGCGGCAGCACACACACAGCGACUCCUCAGCCACCUGGCCCAGCAUCGGGGGGAAAUGGAAAAGAGGCGCAAGAGUGGAGUGCUAGACGAGGAAGAGAUGAGGAAAUACCGGGAGCUACAGAAGAAACAGCUUCAAAGUCUUUUGGAUUUGAGGGAGGCUCAGGCUGAGGUGGAGGCUGAACGUCGUCAGGAACACCUGAGACAGGCCCAACAUCGCCUUCGAGAGAUCGUCCUUGAAACACACACAGCUCAGCUGAAGAAAGUGAAGGAGACCAGUGAAAAGGAGAAGAAGGAGCUGCAGAAGAUCCUGGACAGGAAGAGACAUAAUAGCAUUUCUGAGGCCAAGACCAGGGAGAAACACAAGAAGGAGGCGGAGCUGACUGAGAUCAACCGGAGACACAUCACAGAAUCCGUCAACUCCAUCCGAAGGCUGGAGGAGGCCCAGAAGCAGCGCCAGGAGCGGGUCGUGGCCGGACAGCAGCAGGUCCAGCAACAGCUGGAGGAGGACGAGCCCAAGGCGGCAUCCCAGCUGGCCCAGGAGUGCCAGGCCCAGCGGGCACGGCUGCCUCAGGAGAUCCAGCAAAGCCUGUGGGGUGAGCUGCGUGUGGACGAGGACGGCCUGGCCACCCCCGAUGGGUCCAACGUGGGCACCGGCAACGGGCAUGCCCUGGGCAGCACCAGCAACGGGCACGCCCCGGGGAGGGAGAGGCAAGAAGAAAACACCCAGCUCUGAGCUCGGGACAGGCUGGGCGAGAGCACAAAGGGAAGACACUAAACUGGUUUUUAAAACUUUUUAUUUUUUUUUAAAUUUUUUAUUUUUUUAAAUUCAGGAGGGCAAGAAGUCCCCACUAACCCUCCUCCUGAACCCUCUCCAGUCCCAUCUGAUGUGUGCCAGUGCGUGUGUGCGCGUGUGUGUAUGUGUGUGUGCGCGUGUGUGUAUGUGUGCGUGCGCGUGUGUGUAUGUGUGUGUGCAUGUGUGUGUGUGUCUGUACGUUCCUGUGUUCCCUUUUAGUCCCUGGCCCUCUCCCUAGAGCUGAGAACAAGAGCGGGUCCUCUCCUGCCCAGGGCCAAGGAUCAGCUGGUGGGGCGGGGUGAGGAGAGAAGGGAUUAAAAUGGAGCCUGCCCCCUCCCCCUUCACGUGAUAGCCACACUCCAGAGGCAGGAAUGCCUCUCCCCUCGAUCAUACUAAUUUUGGAGGGGCUGGGGUAGGGUAGGGGGUUGGAAAUGUCCCCCUCUCCCCACACUGUGCUCCCCAGACCCAUGAGGCCUUUGUGUUUUGGGGGCCAGGAGGGUGGGGCUGGUUUGGGGGCACUUGUCCUCCCCAGCUUUGGGGAUCAGAAGCAUCAAUUUCUGUCUCUUACCUUCUGCUUGUUUUUGGUUUUUAUGUCAAUAAAAGUGGAUUCCUAGGCCUGUA